AUUUGCACAUUCGAUCAUACGACGCAUUUCAAUGUCUGUUGUAAUAAAUGAAUAGUUUUUAACGAAAGGGGGAUAUUUUGCAUAAUGAUCCGAUAUUUUUGGAACCUGUAGAAUUGCCUUGAUUGCUUUUGAUCUAAAUCGAUUAAUUUGGAGAGAGCAUUUCACUACUCACACUCCAAACUGUCAAAUUGGAUGACAGAUGAAUUUGGCGCUAGAACAUAACCACUUGUUCGCAAGCUUGUGUUAGCUCACAGGUGAACCGAACUGAUUUGUGCAUUGUUAAUUCGUUUGGAUAGAUUAAACGGGAUAAAUCAACAGCAACAGGAACACCAUGGCAAAUGCAAACAAAGAGCCGACUGUAUCGUACGUCAAAUUCCAGUUUGAUGUACCAAAGGUUAGUGCAUUGGAUAAAUGUUUUUCACCCGAAUUCGUCGUCCGAGGAACACCAUGGAAAGUUGGAAUUUACAAAAGCCGCUAUAGCAGUGAAAAUUGGCUUGCCGUUUCGUUAAUCUGCGCCAACACACACAACUCCCCAGAUUGGUCACACAUUGCGUACGCAUCAAUCGAAUUGCUUUCGUUCGGUGGCAAGCAAAAUGCACGCAAAAUGUACACGUCACCGUUUGUUUUUAAUCACAACGAAACUGAAUGGGAUCGCUGGCUACUGAAAUGGAGUGAUUUACUUGAUGUGGCAAAGCAAUACGUGAGCAAUGACACAAUCAGUGUCAAAAUCGAAAUAAUCGUCGCCGAUCCGAAUGAUGCGAACAAAAGCCAAUUGGUUUUCGAGGAUAUUGGUGCAAGUGGUGCUGAACGGCGAUCCAUGAAGUGCCAAUUGACCAUCACAAAUGCCGACAGCUUGUUGGCAGUUCGUUCACCACAAAUUACAUUCCAAAAUGCACCGUGGUUCUUGGUUGUGUUCAAAGACCAUAAGAAUGAAUACGGUAUUCGUUUGGAAUGCAGAAAUCUCGAACAUCCCGAAUUUACAGCUGAUGUCAAAAUGUCGGUCAAGUUGUUAGCUGGAAUCGGAGGGAAGUCAAUCGAGCAAACCAAGACGAAAAAAUUCAAGUUCAAUCAAAAUUUGGCCAUAAAAUCAUUUGCAUCACAGGUUGAUGUGUUCAAUCGACAAAAGGGGCUUAACAAGGGAAAAGCGAUUGUGAUUGAGGUUGUACUAGAGCCAAAUCAAUCAUUGUGUGGUGUUGACACAAAUGCAAAUAACGUACCAACCCAACGAUUUGAAUUGGAAUGCGCUAUUUGCUUGCAACGUUUCCAGGGUCAAGAUGUCUCAUUCACACCGUGCGGUCAUCUUUUCUGCGAGGAAUGCAUCAAAAACACCGUCAAGCUCCGUAAAACAUGCCCAGUGUGUAGAACCCGCGUCACCAUGAACCAAGUGAAACGGGCCCAUUUGCCAUACUCAAACUAAGCGAAACAAUUCACAUGAUCCAACCGUUCCCAUCAAUGAUCGGCCAGAGCCAACAAUGAUGAUCCAGCUGCUAGAAGCGAAAAUUGGCUAGAGCCAUUAGCAUUGCAUGCAUCAAACCAUGUUAAUCGCAACAUAACCAUACAUUUUAUCAUUACCGUCAUGUGUCAUGCGAAACAUCACAGUUUUUAUACGUAUUCUGUUCGUUGCUAGUCAACAUUGUUAUUUAAAUUUAUGAGAAGAUUGUGUAAAAAAGGCAAUUUGGAUAUAAGUGAAGAAUACUUUAAGGUACAAAUACAACAUUUUUAUCAGUGACUAGAGUCAAAGAUCGUCAAUUUUCAUGAGACUAGAGUAACAAAUAUAUUCGGAUGCACAUAUCUUAGUGUUUUAGUUGGAUAUUAAAAAAAUUCCUCAGAACUUUAAACAUAUUCUUCAUCUGUAUGACAAUAAAAAAAGAUUUAAAUUCAAACGACAUCUGAUGAUAUACUAAUAA